UCUAGACUUGUUUGACGAACAAGUACGUGCUUCACGAAACGCCUCUUUUCUUUGCUUUCUUUCUUUCUUUUAAUCGCAGCUCUUUCUGAUACUUUGGCAUUGGGGUUAAGGCAAAACACUGAUUCAUUUCUAAAUCCCUCGUUCUUCUUACUUGUGACUCGGAAAGGUUUCUUGUUUUUCUCUGUUAAGAGCAAAUUGACGACGAUGACCGAACCCUUGGAUUUGCUCCGGUCCAAUCUCUCCCGGGUUCGGAUCCCGGAACCAACCAAUCGCAUCUACAAGCACGAAUGCUGCGUAUCAUUCGACACACCGAGGUCAGAAGGUGGGCUGUUCAUCGACUUGCACGCUUUUCUUGCUUUUGGGAAGGAUUUUGUGGGUUGGAAUUAUGAGAAGACUGGAAAUCCUGUCUAUUUGAAUAUUAAGCAGACAAAAAAGGUAGUUCCUGAAGAUAGGCCUGCAAAGAAACCAACACUCUUAGCAAUUGGUGUUGAUGGCGGAUUUGAAAAUGAUGAGGUUGAAUAUGAGGAAACUCAUAGUAUAGUUAUAUUACCCAAGUAUGUUUCUCUUCCAUUUCCGUCUGUGGAAUUGCCAGAGAAGGUAAGGUUGGCAGCUGAUGCAAUCUUACUAGCUGAGGGUGCUGAACGAAAGGAGCAACUUGCAGCUUGGACUGCUGAUAAGAAACAAGUUAGUGUCCAUGCAAUGAAUUUACUACAGAUUGACAAUGGUGUUGUUAUUCCGCCAUUUGGAUGGAAAUGUGCUAAGUGUGAGAAGAUGGACAAUCUUUGGCUAAAUCUGACUGAUGGAAUGAUUCUUUGCGGGAGGAAAAAUUGGGAUGGAAGUGGUGGAAACAAUCAUGCUUUUGAGCAUUACAUGCAGACAGCCUACCCUCUUGCUGUAAAGCUUGGGACUAUCACUGCUGAUCUCGAGGCAGCAGAUGUUUUCUCCUAUCCAGAGGAUGAGAGUGUGUUGGAUCCACAAUUAGCGCAGCAUCUGGCAUUUUUUGGCAUUGACUUUUCAUCACUACAAAAGACUGAAAUGACGACUGCUGAAAGAGAACUUGACCAAAAUACCAAUUUUGACUGGAAUCGAAUCCAAGAGAGUGGACAAGAUGUAGAUCCAAUUUUUGGACCUGGAUAUACAGGAUUGGUCAAUAUUGGAAACAGUUGUUACAUGGCUGCAACUAUGCAAGUUGUGUUUUCAACGAGAUCCUUCAUAUCACGGUACUACUUGAACCAAAGUCUAAAGAAGGCAUUUGAGGUGUCUCCUGCUGAUCCAACUGUAGACCUGAAUAUGCAGUUGACAAAAUUGGCACAUGGUUUACUUUCUGGUAAAUAUUCUGUUCCAGCAUUUGAGAAUGAUGAAAAAGAAAAUGUGGCUACCUCAACUACGACUGCUAAACAAAAAGGGAUACGCCCACGUAUGUUCAAAGCUGUAAUUGCUGCCAGCCAUCCUGAGUUUUCAUCUAUGCGGCAACAGGAUGCUUUAGAAUUUUUCCUACAUUUUCUUGACCAAGUUGAACGAGAUAAUGCUGGAAAAACUGAACUGGAUCCUGGGAGGAGUUUCAAGUUUGGUAUUGAAGAUAGAAUUUUGUGUUCAUCUGGAAAAGUUACAUAUAAUAGAAGGCAUGACUGCAUUCUUUCUCUCAAUAUCCCGUUAUAUGAAGCUACUAACAAAGAAGAAUUAGAAUCCUUUCCCAAACAGAAAGCAGAGAAACUUGCAGAAGGAAAGGAAAUAACUGGCAAUGAGAUUGUGCGUCCAAGGGUUCCUUUAGAAGCUUGCCUUGCUAAUUUGAUGGCUCCUGAGGAGAUACAUGAUUUUUACAGCACUGCUUUGAAAACAAAGACGACAGCACUGAAGACUGCAGGUCUGACCUCAUUUCCUGAUUACCUGGUGUUACAUAUGCGGAAAUUUGUUAUGGAGACAGGAGGAUGGGUACCCAAAAAGCUUGAUGUGUAUAUUGAUGUUCCUGAUAUCAUAGAUAUCAGUCACAUGCGCAGCAAAGGUCACCAGGCCGGGGAAGAACUGUUACCUGAUGGGGUACCUGAUGAGGAAGAUUCAGACAAACCUUGGGUCAAUGAAGAAAUUGUCUCACAGCUGGUUUCCAUGGGCUUUAACCAUCUCCAUUGCCAGAAAGCCGUUAUAAAUACAUCAAAUGCUGGGGUAGAAGAGGCAAUGACUUGGUUACUAUCUCACAUGGAUGAUCCAGAUAUUGACAUUCCUACUUUAAAAGGCCAUGGCUCUGAAACUUUUGCAAUUGUUGACCAAUCAAAAGUUGAUACUCUAAUUUCAUUUGGAUUUCAAGAAGAUAUUGCUAGAAAGGCACUUAAGGCAUCGGGUGGUAACAUUGAAAAAGCAACAGAUUGGAUAUUUAGCAAUCCUGAUGCAUCAAUCUCCUCUAUGGAUGCUUCCACAUCAAACGCCAUUCUCAAUGAUGUUGACCUACCUGAUGGAGGAGGGAGAUAUCGACUUAUUGGAAUUGUUAGCCACAGUGGAACCUCGACGCAGUGUGGUCACUAUGUUGCUCACGUUUUUAAAAAUGAUAGAUGGGUUAUUUUCAACGACAACAAGGUUGGGGCUUCUAUUAAUCCUCCCAAGGAUAUGGGCUAUCUUUAUUUCUUCGAGAGGCUUGAUGGUUGAAUUAAGAUACAGUGUUAGGCAUUGGACAAGGUGAAUAUUUCAACUGUAAGUGGCGCAGGACGUUUUAGAAUAUAGCGCAACAUGCCACCUACUUCUCCUGAUGUGAUACAUAUUUGAUACCCUUUUCUUGGUUAGCAUGGUAAACAGUGCUCCAAUUGGCUGAAUCAUUUUUUCUUGGUUCACGGUCGCCAGUAAUCAAGAAUUCUGGAACAUAGACUAUUUUUUUUUUAUCUUUUAGAUAUUGCCCUUCCUGAUGUUUUGGAAUUCAAAUAACAAUGGAAGCAACAAAUGAUCAUUUUGAGUGAGAAUGUUCUUGCAGUUUU